AUUUCCCAAAUGACAUGUCUCAUCCCACUGCCUCAUCUAGCAUGUCUACAAACUACUUCUUAAGUUUAGCGAUUGUUUGUUUGCAUGUUUAGAUUUCCUAUAGAAAAAUUUUAUGCAGUCGUGAAUACGUAUGAAAAUGCCUACUUAAUGUCUGUAUGUCUAUCCUAUUGUCUACCUUAGUGACAAUUUAGAUAUGUGUAUACCUUUCACCCCAAAUAUUUAUGACUUAUAUAUAUAUAUAUACGUAAGUAUUCAGAAAUACUGCCAUUUAAAAACAUGAGUGUGGUCGUAGCAGUGAAAUCAGUUAUUUGAAACAUUUGGUGUGAAAUACUUAUUAAAUAAAAAAAACUCACGUACACACUACAUAAUAAUGAACAUUGCAUAAUUAUUUAACGCUAUAAUGAUAAUUUGACUGCAGUACGCUGAUCACAUACUGUCAGACUGUAAACUAUGUCCUGGAAUUUAUACUUCGCAUAUUUUUUAAUAACUAUUGCAAUCUGUACAACGCAUACACUUUCCCUACCUUCGAGUGGCAAAAAUUAUGAGAGUUCUUUUCCAAGCAUAAGAGAAGACAUUGAUAAGGAUGGCUAUGAUAAUGCUUUGAACAGUGAAAAUGUACUAUUAUCAUUAGCACCGCUUUACAAGCCAAUAUCAUCGUCAAAAGUGUCAACGACAACGGAUACCCUAUCAGCUUUAUCAAUACCGAAUGAAGAGGAACUCCUUCAGUUGCAAUCAGCACUGAGCGCACAAGUUACUUCUGAGAUCAGUAGAGCUAUACAACUGGAGCAAGAGGCAAGUGAAUCUGUUCAUCAAGCUGAAUCACUACAAAAAGCAGCUUUAGAGGCUAAAAAUCGGGCUAAAGUUGCACGUGAAGUAUUACAGUCACUGAAAUCACUAUGGAACAAUGACAAGCGUGCUAACAUUUUAGAUGAUGAAUCCGAUAAAAUCAGGGAAAACAACAUUAUGGUACCAAUCAUAGAUCAUGAUUACUUAUUAGACGAACGAAAAAUCGGUCCCAUCGAUAAUGAUUACCGAGCUGUCAACGAAGACAUUUACGACAAAAUAGCCCAGAGCCAUAACUAUGGAAAUGAUGAAGAAAUGGUUAAUUUGGAAGAUACUACUACCAGCAGUCGAUACAAGAGGCGAAAAAAUUUGCCCAGUUUACCUAAAGAAUUCACUCAUUUUGAUAAUGAUGACAUUGACACUGUGGACUUACUGAAGAAUUCUGAACAGAAUACAAGACGUUUAAGCGAAGCGGAACAGCUAACACUGGAGAAGAUACGUUUAUAUAUAUUGAAACAAUUAAUACAUAAGCAAAAAGAGGAAGAAGGACUACUGAACGAACCAUAUUAUCCUCGUCAUCAGUUUGAUAUUGAAGACGACGAUCACAAUGAUGCAGAUAGAAAUUCCUAUGUAAACCAUAGAAACAGAUAUUAUCAUAGUCGUCAUACACGACCAAGCAACCUUGAUUAUCAACUUUCAGAAAGUGAUAUACAACCGUGGCUAGUGAUAAACAAGCCAGAAGAUGAUGAGAACUAUGUGAAUAGUGAAGAUGAACCGCAUAUCUAUGGAAUGCCACGACAUUUACUAAGGCAAGUGGAUUUAAACACGAUAAACAAUGAAGAUCCACUUUUAUCCAUAUAAAAUGUUUUCAGCUAUAUAGAAAGUAAAAGAAAACUGAAAAAACUCCACGUCCCUUCAUAUAUAUAUAUAUAUACAUGUGCAGAAAUGAACAAAAAAUACACCAAUUUGAAUAAUAAAAAUAAAACAAAGUCACUUUCUCACUUUAACUUCUUUUCAAUGGUCAUGAAAAAGUAGUUCUCCAUAAAACUUAUACAGGAAGAUGAACAGCUUUGAGAAAUGAA